ACCAAUGCUUGCAGAAUCUUUUACCUAUAAAGCCCUGUGUUUAAAAUUUCGCCGUCGCAAAAGCACCGAUCAAAUGCGCAGGCGUCAGGGUUGAUGACGUAUAGGAAUAUCACGCAUGCGUACUUACACAAAAGGCCUCAGGUUACGGAAGCAGGUUAAAAAUGACAAGGGAUUCAUCUGUGGGAAUCAUGAACACAACACACCAGUUUUGCUGUCUCUGUCCACGUAUAUAAGAAGUGAAGCAAGGGAAUCACUCGAUCAUCCUUCCUGCUCAGACUGUGGGGAGGGAUUCACUCUAUCAUCUGACCGACUGGCACGCCUGUCAGUUUACACAGGGGAGAGGCCGUUCAUCUUUUCAGACUGUGGGGAUUCACGGUCAAGGUCAAGGUGAAAGGGGAUUCACUCGGUCGUCCCACCUGUGGACACACCAGUCAGUUCACACCGAGCAGAGGCUGAUCAUCUGCUGAAUUUGUGGGGAAGGAUUCGCUCAGUCAUCCCUAAUGGCUCUCCAGCGAGUUCACACUGGAGAGAGGCCAUUUACCUGCUCAGACUGUGGGAAAGGAUUCACCUGCUCAUCUAAGCUGAAGGUACAUCAGCGAGUUCACACUGGAGAGAGGCCAUUCGUCUGCUCAGACUGUGGGAAGGGAUUCACUUGCUCAUCUUAUCUGAAGGUACAUCAGCGAGUUCACACCGGAGAGAGGCCGUUCACCUGCUCAGACUGUGGGAAGGGAUUCACUCAGUCAUCCCAACUGAAGGAACAUCAGCGAGUUCACACUGGAGAGAGGCCAUUCGUCUGCUCAGAAUGUGGGAAGGGAUUCACUUGUUCAUCUCAUCUACAAAGACACCAGCGAGUUCACACCGGGGAGAAGCCGUUCACCUGCUCAGUCUGUGGGAAAAGAUUCACUCAGUCAUCCCAACUGAAGGAACAUCAGCGAGUUCACAGUGGAGAGAGGCCAUUCAUCUGUCUGGACUGUGGGAAGGGAUUCAAUUGCCCAUCCAAUCUACAAAGACACCAACGAGUUCACACUGGAGAGAGGCCAUUCAGCUGCUCAGACUGUGGGAAGGGAUUCACUGAGUUAGCUAGCUUACAAGCACACCAACGAGUUCACACUGGGGAGAGGCCAUUCACCUGCUCAGACUGUGGAAAGGGAUUUACUCGGUCAGCUCAACUGAAGGAACAUCAGCGAGUUCACACUGGAGAGAUGCCAUUCUCCUGCUCAGACUGUGGGAAGGGAUUUACUCGGUCAUCUGACGUAACGGCACACCAGCGAGUUCACACCGGGGAGCGGCCAUUCACCUGCUCAGACUGUGGGAAGGGAUUCACUUGUUUAUCUAAUCUGAAGGUACAUCAGCGAGUUCACACUGGAGAGAGGCCAUUCACCUGCUCUGUCUGUGGGAAGGGAUUCACUCAGGCAUCAAACCUUCAAGGACACCAGCGAAUUCACACUGGGGAGCGGCCAUUCACCUGCUUGGACUGUGGGAAGGGAUUCCCUUGCUCAUCCCAACUGAAGGUACAUCACAGAGUUCACACUGGAGAGAGGCCAUUCACCUGCUCAGACUGUGGGAAGGGAUUCACUUGCUCAUCCCAACUGAAGGUACAUCAGAGAGUUCACUCUGGGGAGAGGCCAUUCACCUGCUCAGACUGUGGGAAGUUAUUCUCUCAGUCAUCCGAACUAAAGGUACAUCAGCGAGUUCACACUGGGGAGAGGCCGUUCAUCUGCUCAGACUGUGGGAAGGGAUUCACUUUGUCAUCGUACUUACUGAGACACCAGUCGGUUCACACUGGCGAGUGGCCAUUCACCUGCUCUGUCUGUGAGAAGGGAUUCACUGAAUCAUCCUCCCUACUGAGACACCAGUCAGUUCACACUAGGGAGAGGCCAUUCACCUGCUCAGUCUGUGGGAAGGGAUUCACUGAAUCAUCCUCCCUAAUGAGACACCAGUCAGUUCACACUAGGUAGUGGCUGUUCAACUACUCAGACUGUGGGAAGGGAUUCACUCGGUCAUCCGACCGGGAAGGGAUUCUCUCAGCCAAAUCAACCAAAUCUGCAUUAUUGGGUUCACUGGGGAAAGGCUGUUCACCUGCUCUGAAUGGGGGAAGCGAAUCAUUCAGUCCUCUAAACUUAUGUAACUCUCGAUUUGGCUAGCUGCAUAAUCAAGGGGGUGAUAGCCUCCAAACUUAAGAAAUCUCAUUUGGUUGGAUGCUGCGUGGUGUUACAAAUCAGUACCCUGAAAUAACAAAAGGUACACGAUAUGUGAUUAAACAAUUGUGCUUUAUGAUUCUUACUUUGACUAUAUGGUUAGUGAAGAAAGCAAAAAAAUGAAAAGGGGCCCACUCUCACCAUUCAAGUUUUCUCAUAUCUCCCCAUCAAAAGACUGUGAAAACCUCUGUUCCAGACUCACAAGAAAGAGCAUUUCUGUUAUUGGAUAUCCCCGCACUCCAAAACCCCGUAUCUCUAGAUGUAACCUAAACAUUGCUGCUUCAGGGAAACCAUUACCUCAGCAGUGAAACAUUGCAGAGAGGCUAUUAUAUUAGCAGUGAAACCUUGCAGCAUGUUACACUUGUGACACACUGGGGAGUAAUUUCAAUAAGCUGCAUACUGGAUAUCUGUCCAUCACCUUUGCUGAAUUCAAUUUCGAGAAUGACUGUCAGUGCUGAACUCUGCAAUUAUUGCUGCUGCUCACCACACCCAGUUCUGCACCCUGGUCACUGGGCAUGGGAGGAGUUUCUUCUGCUGCAUUUUCACCUUUAAUGGGACUGGAGUUUAAUAUCCUGGAUCUGAGACAAAUAAAUCAGUUCUUUUUAAACUCUGUCUCUGGUACUUAGUGAAUUUAUAACACACAUAGCAUACAGUAGAGAGUCCAAUCAGGCCGGCAGGACCCUGCCCAACUGAAUUCAGUUCAAUUCAUUCCUUUUAAAUCCUCCCCUAUUGCUUAUAUCUCGCUAUCCCUGUGGUGAUGGAUCCCAAACUCUGUGGGUGAAGAGGUUUCCCUUGAAUUUUCUGCAGACUGAAGAAGUCGAGCUGACUGCAGUUCAGUCUGAGGUUCUUUGCCCCUCAAUUCUCUGGGCUGAGCAAGGAUUACAUUGGGAGUUAACCGCCAUAUUCAGGGCUUGUUUCCACAUUAUGGGUCAUUUUCCCUACUUCUGAAGGGUUGCUGAAACACCACUGUCCUCAAAAACUGAAAGCAGAAUGGGAAACCAUCAAUUCGAUGUUCAACAGAGCAGUGUCAGGAACUAGAAGCGUGUCUCCACAGGGCAGAGUUUGGGGCUCUGGACGAUGGUCUAGGUAAGUGCAUGAUGAGGAGAAGGGAAUCAGCAGCGGGGCGUUGCAACAAAUGACAGAGUAGCAACACUUGCAAGUUGAUUGCGAAAAUAAUUUGGUUGUCUGAUUGAUGACACAAACAAUGCCUGUGCUGAGAUACUCCACUGGUCAAGUAACAUGUGCUUGUUGACAGUGGCAGUUAUUUCUAGGAAUAAUACAGAAGGAACAGGAUCAGUUUAUUCCAACCAGCAAGAAAGAUUCUAAGGGGAGGAAGGGGCGACCGUAGCUGACGAGGGAAGUCAAGGACAGUAUAAAAAUAAAAGAGAAGUAGUAUAGCAUAGCAAAGAUGAGCGGGAAGCCAGAGGAUUGGGAAACUUUUAAAGAGCAACAGAAGAUAACUAAAAAGGCAGUACGGAAAGAAAAGAUGGUAAGCUAGACAAGAAGUUGGAUAGUAAAAGCUUCUUUAGGUAUGUGAAGAGGAAAAAAGUGAGUUAAGACCAAAGUUGGGCCCUUGAAGGCAGAAAUGGGUGAAUUUAUUAUGGGGAACAAAGAAAUGAUAGUUAAGUUGAACAGGUACUUUGGAUCUGUCUUCACUAGGGAAGACACAGACAAUCUACUGUUUGUAAUAGUGGCCAGAGGACCUAGUGUAACGGAGGAACUGAAUUAAAUUUACAUUAGGCAGAAAAUGAUGUUGGGUAGUCUGGUGGGAUUGAAGGCUGAUAAAUCCCCAGGGCCCGAUGUUCUGCAUCUCAGGGUACUUAAGGAAGUGGCUCUAGAAAUUCUGGACACACAUUGGUAAUCAUUUAUCAAUGUUCUAUAGAUUUAGGAUCAGUUCCUGUGGUUUGGAGGGUAGCUAAUGUUAUCCCACUUUUUAAGAAAAGAGGGAGAGAGAAAACAGGGAAUUAUAGACCAAUUAGCCUGACAUCAGUGGUGGGGAAGAUGCUGGAAUCAAUUGUAAAAGUUGAAAUAGCGGCACAUUUGGAUAGCAGUAACAGGAUCAGUCUGAGUCGGCAUGGAUUUACGAAGGGGAAAUCAUGCUUGACUCAGCUGGAAUUUUUCGAGGAUGUAACUAUGGAAAUAGACAAGGGAGAGCCAGUGGAUGUACUGUACCUGGACGUUCAGAAAGCCUUUGAUAUGAUAAUAGGCAAAAUUAAUGGGCGCUGGGGGUAGGGUACUGAUAUGGAUAGCAAAUUAGUUGGCAGACUGGAAAUAAAGAGUAGGGAUUACGGGUCCUUUUCAGAAUGGCAGGUAGUGACUAGUGGGAUGUCGGAAGGCUCGGUGUUAGGAUUGCAGCUAUUUGCAAUAUGUAUUAAUGAUUUAGAUGAAGGGAUUAUAAGUAACAUUAACACAUUUACAGAUGACACAAAGCCGGUGGCAGUGUGAAAUGUGAGGAGGAUGUUAUGAAAAUGCAGGGUGGACAGGUUGGAUGAGUGGGCAGAUGCAGUUUAAUGUGGAUAAAUGUGAGGUUAUCCACUUUAGUGGCAAGACCAGGAAGGCAGGUUAACAACUGAAUGGUGUCAAGUUAGGAAAAGGAGAAGUACAACAAGAUCUAGGUGUCCUUGUUCAUCAGUCACUGAAAGUAAGCAUGCAGGUAGAGCAGGCAGUGAGGAAAGCUGAUGGCAUGUUGGCCUUCAUAACAAGGGAAGUUCAGUAUAGGAGCAAAGAGGCCCUUCUGCAGUUGUACAGGGCCCUGGUGAGACCACACCUGGAGUAUUGUGUACACUUUUGGUCUCCAAAUCUGAGGAAGGACAUCCUUGCUAUUGAGGGAGUGCAGCGUAGGUUCACGAGGUGAACUGUCAUACGUUGAAAGAUUGGAGCGGCCAGGCUUGUAUACACUGGAAUUUAAAAGGAUGAGAGGGGAUCUGAUUGAAACGUGCAAAUUUAUUAAGAGAUUAGACACGUGAGAGGCAGGAAACAUG